AACAGCCCCUCCCACACAUCAGCCACGCCCAUGCCAUGUGAGAAAAGCAAUACAAACCUCGAAUACAAACUGUCUAUUGGAUCUCUGGGAGUCUCUAGCUCUGCUGUAUUGUUCUGAGACUGAUAGUGAGGUGUGUAGGAACCAUGGGUCGAAGGUCCACCAAGACCACCAAGACUGGCAAGUUUAUGAACCCCACAGAUCAAUGGAGGAAACAGCAAAGAAGGAAAGAGCUCAAAAAGAACAAGAAGCAACGUCAGACCGUGCGAGAGGCUGUCCUGAGGAUGAAGGAUGUCGGGGUACUCCUUGAGGAAAUUGAGGAGAUUGAGAAGCUGCAGAUGACCUCUGUAACUUCUGACCCCUUACCUAUUGACAGAGGGCUGGAGGAAAAGAAAGAAAAACUACACCAGUCAGUGCACAGGGUUGCAGCGUAUUAUCAAAGUGAGGACCCAAAGAAAGCUCAGGAGAUAAGACUUAUGAUAAUGGAGAGUGAGAAGAAACGUCGCCAGAUGUCCUCAGUUUACAACUCGUAUCGAGCAGCCAGGUCAGAGUACUCAAUCGACCAAAUCCCUCUACCUGAGUCUGAUGGCAGUGUUCUACCGUCUGACAUUCCAAUGCCUGGUGAGUCCAGUUCUAUUGGCCCGUCUCUGCCCCCCGGGUUGGUUCCACCCGGGCCACCCCCUGGAUCACCACCACCAAACCUACCCAACUUCUAUGUCAUUGAGCAAGAGAGAAGGAGUGUACGAUUUGCUCCUGACAGCGAAGGAGAAUCUGACAACCAAUCAGAAUUAUCCAGCUCUGAUAGUGAAACUGAGGAGCCUCCUGGACCGCCCCCUGGAGCCCCGCCCACCCUAAUGCCCCCUCUCCAUGUUGCCCCCCCUAUGUUACAGGGAGGAUCGUUUCCCCCUCGGCUGCCCCCCAUACCCCCUCCUAGUAUGCCACCACCACCAUUUAAUGCUCCUCCUAAACCUCUUAUGCCUCCGAGUGCACCACACAUUCAGUCCGGAGCCGUAUUGAGUGCACCCUCGUUAAGACCUCAUUUCCAACCACCAUUUAUCGAGGAUAAAGCACCGAUUGAAGACUCUAAGAGGGCUACUGUAAUCUCUGCACAACCACAGCUACGAAAUAUGACUGCCGAAGUGACCAAGUUCAUGCCUACUAGUCUGAGAGUGCGUCGAAACCAUCCCAAGUCCUCCACUACUAAGAUGAAGCCAGUUGCUUCCACUAAAGCGCCUCCAAACAAACCAACAACAGAAACUAACCGACCUCCACCCACUCAAGGAGAUGCUUAUGAUUCAUUCAUGAAGGAAAUGCAAGGACUGUUGUAGCUCACAGAACUGUGCAUAAUACUUAUGCUUGCAUUUUAUGGUGCUAUAAAUUUUUCUUCUCUGGUGGUACAGUUUUUCUUCUAUAUAAUUAAUUUCAUAUGUAUCAACAUUAUUUUAAUUGGCA